AUGGAGAAAUGGUUCAAAGAGAAUCUCUUACGGAUUCUAGACACAGUUAUUCAACGUGACGCAUGUCUUAAAUUACGAGAACAUUGUCUAAACACUUUAUGUCCGGAUCCAUAUCGAUAUUUUGACUCUGAAGAUUUUAUUAAUUUAGAGGAGAGCACAUUGAUUAUGCUUGUUAGUCGUGAUGAUUUAAAUAUGGAUGAGGCGCAAUUGUGGGAAUACUUGAUUAGAUGGGGCGUGGCAAAUACACCAAAUUUGCAGAAUGAUGUGGGUGCUUGGUCACAGCGAGACUUUUGGGGAUUGAAAAAGACUUUGCACAAGUGUGUCCCGCUUAUUAGAUUCUGGCAAUUGUCGGUGGGGGAUUACAAUGAAAAAGUCAAACCAUUUGAGAAGAUCUUGACAAAAAAUUUAAACCUUAAACUAUUUCAUCACUUUUCAAAGACCCCUGUUCCAUCCUUACCUGAACCUCCUACAACAAUUACACUGCCAUCGCCACCGCCUAAUUUCAUAGUUCCUGAACGGGCCAUCGAUUCUAUAAUUAUCACACAUCAACAGGCUGCACUUGUCUCUCGUUGGAUUGACCGUAAAUUUGUUAGUACAAAAACCUCGCUUUCACGCAUAAAAGCUGAUUGUACGGAAGACGCUAUACAACUGCAUGAAGGACUUGGACCGUCUUUUGGUUUCUACGAAUUUAAAAUAUUGGAUGAAGCGAAUGAGUGUAAGAGUAGUUAUGGUACUGGUGGAUUGCGAUAUCAGAAUAAGAUACGCGAGAAGUGUAAUUAUUUCGGCGUUGAUGAUUAUGAAGUAUUUCAGGUUGUAAAGAAAGAACAGGAAGAAUUGUAA